AUGCAGUCGGUAUCAAUACAGUCAUCACCGCAGCCCAAUGUGCAGUCAACUUCAAGCAAAACCUGGUGGGCUUUACUAGUCUUAAUGUGGAUGCACUACAAAGUGCGCCGGAGACGAUACAUCGUCACGUUCCUAGAAUUUGUGUCGCCGGCACUCCUUUUUUUACUGAUGUUUCUAGUCAAAGAUACAAUUUAUUUAAUUUCCUUUGAUCCAACAGAAAAAGAGAAUAGAACAGCGCUUUCAAUGUUUGUGGAACCUUACAGUAUAAACCAGCUUCCUAAACCGCAAGUUGUCGCGUAUUAUCCAGCAAACAACCUGACUGAUGAGCUGAUGGCGAAGGUCGGCAAGUCACUGACUCUGACAAGAAUCCGCAAACCUAACCUCGCACAUCCUGACUUUAUAACAGGAUAUUUCGGAAGUAAUGAUCAGUCUGCGGUAAAGAAAUACAUGAAAAAUUACACGCCGUUUAAUCAUGCGUUUGUCUUAUUUCACAAUGUGAAUGGGACAAAACUGCCGAUUCAUCUCAAUUACACAAUAAGAAUGAAUAAAGAUUUUCAUACGCAUGACUACAAAUCGAGUGACAAAGAAAUGGAAUCACAGUCUGUGCAUGGAUUAGACUACGCAGAGUUUGUGAGGCUGCAAUGGGCCAUAGACUUGAGUUUUUUGGAACUGCGCGCUGGUCAUCCCAUAAAAAAGUUGGCGGCUCUUCGACAAUUCCCGAUUUGGAAGCCGAAGAAAUCGUUGACGGCCGUGAUUCUGUUGAUGUUGCUGAUACACGCAGCCUUGUUCGCGUCGCUCCUGCUCACCUUCGAGUUCCUCAUGACCAAGCUGAUAGCAGAACGAGCUUCGGGCAUCCAGGAGCUCAUUCAAAUGGUCGGGGUAACACCUGAAUUGCUGGGACUGUCGCAUUUCCUCAACGUACUUCCAGGGGGCGUCGUGUACAGCGUCAUUGGCGCUAUAUUACUCACCAGCGACGGUAUACCCGUACUGGAGUUCUCCAAUGGUUUUCUUAUCAUAUGCGAUUUCGAUUUAAAAAUAAUUAAUGUCAAUUCAAAAUUUGGUGGUGCUACACAUGACUCCCACAUAUGGUCCGCUAGUCAUGUAGAGACUUUCAUGCGAGGGCUUCAUGAAAGUGGUGAACAUGUUUGGUUACGAGCUUCCUCUAUUGCCAGCGCUCUCAUAUCCCGCUCGUUUUGCUGCCGGAUUCGAGCUUCCUCCAGCUCCAAGCGGCGUAGUUCCACGGCAGAAAACUCUUGCGCCGCUCGUUCGAACGGGGUCGGAGCCAGCCUGCGGCGCGCGCGCAGCCGCGGGCGGCCGGAGCCCGCUGACGCGGCGGAGCGCGGCGUGUCCGGCGUCGCCGCCCGCGGCCGGCGUCGGGCCGGCGGCGCGCUGGAGGCAGCUGCACGUCUCCGAGAGCGAGGAGUGGCGGGCGCGGGUGACGGCGCGGGCGGGGGCGGGGGCGAAGGUAGCGGCUCGAUACUACAUUGUCUAAGCCUCCUGUUCCUGUUACUACAUUUUGUGUCGAUUGUCGCUAUGGCGUUCGUAUGUAGUUUCAUUACUAAUGAACCUCGCCACUCGAUAACUCUAGCGACUCUGUUGUACUUCGGACUGAUGGUACCCGCGUUUAUAGUCGCCGCCAACCGCGUGCCCAGGGUGCUGGUCUGCCUCACCGGGGUCCUGCCUUACGUUCCCGCCGUCUGGUUCAACCACGAGAUAACUUAUCUGGAAAUCACGGGUGAGGGUUUGUCAUUGCAAACUAUGAUGUCUGCGCACACUGAAGACACCUGCUCUGUGUUCUGGGCGUAUCUGUUCCUGGUACUCCAAAGCGGGGUCCUUUUCUGGGUCACGUGGUACCUCGGCCGGGUGCGCCCGCGCAAGUACGGCACAGCGCAGCCGUGGAACUUCUGUUUUCGGAAAGAAUACUGGUCGUGGAAGAAGGUACAUGUUGCCCGUGUAACAGAAGAACAAGCGUUAGGAAAGCGGGGAGAGAAUAAGUACUUUGAGCCUCACUCGCCUAACAGCGUGGUCGGUAUCGAUAUUAAAAACGUUUCUAAGGUUUUCAAUGGUUUCGUCGCUCUAAACAACGUGUCCCUGCCUGUUCUCAAAGGCGAGAUCACCAUACUUCUGGGGCACAACGGAGCGGGUAAAACUACCCUCAUGUCAAUCGUCACAGGAACAUUAGCUGCAACAUCCGGCAAGGUGUUUGUGAACGGACUAGACACGGUCACCCAACAGCACGCCGUGCGCAGCCAGCUCGGCUUCUGCCCGCAACACAACCUGUUUUUCAGCGAGCUUACUGUGCUGGAUCACGCCAGGUUUUUUUGUUUGAUGAAAGGAACUAUAAAAUGGAAGCAAUCCAAACAGUCUUCUCUGGAUCUUCUUCAGCAGCUCGGUUUAAAGGAGAAAGCUAACGCCUUGAGCUCUCAGUUAUCUGGUGGCAUGAAGAGGAGGCUGCAAUUGGCGUGCGCUUUAGCUGGAGACGCCGAUGUAUUAGUUUUAGACGAGCCCACUGCGGGGCUAGACGUGGAGACUCGAAGGGGCUUGUGGGAUCUGCUGCUGUCCCUCCGCUCCGGUCGUACGGUCCUACUGUCCACGCACUUUAUGGAGGAAGCGGAUGCUUUAGGAGACAGGGUGGCUGCACUACACACGGGGACGCUGCGCUGCAACGCCACUCCUAUGCAUCUCAAGAAGGAGAUCGACACCGGCUACAAUUUAGCAAUAGCCUUAAAACCCGAAGCUUCACCGUUAGCCUCCACUGAAAUCACCAACAUCAUCAAAUCAUUUAUACCACAAGCGACGCUGCUUCCUUUGACCGGAAUUAACACUUUGUCCUACAAGUUGCCGAGUCGCGAAUGCAAUAAGUUUCCGGCAAUGUUUCAGAAAUUAGAAGAGAGUACUGAUAGGCUGGACAUUGAGUCGAUAAGCGUUGGGGUGACGACGCUUGAAGAGGUGUUUGUGAAGCUAUGCAGCGACGUAAGCGUCGACGAAGAUGAGGACAUCGCUAUGCUAAAAGAUGACAGACCCACAGCACCAAAAUUGGUCGGUGUGAACCUGUUACUUCAGCGGUUUGUGGCACUAUUUGUUAGGCAACUCAGAUACGUGAAGAGUUCUUGGAAAAUGUUUGUAUUGAUGGAACUAAUCUUACCAAUUCUAACGUUGUGCGCCUUCACUUUUGUGGCAAACGAAUUCGGGAAGGAGCCCAGCAAGAACCGAGCCCUCUCGAUGGACCUCAACGUGUACAAGGACAUGAGUGGGAGACGAGCGUUGUCCAGCUUCGAAAUACCUCUGAGGAGUAGACCUGCAUGCUGUGGCGUGAAUUAUACACAUUCUGACAAUAUACCACAAACUCUCAAGAAUUUAUCAAAGGACAGGCCUAAGUACAACAAAUAUUUGAUUGGCAUCCAAUUGAACGAUACACACGCCGUGGCCCACUACUCCACAUCGGUACGGCAUGCCUUGCCCGUCGCUGUGAAUGCUCUCACCAACGCGAUAGCAUCCACUCUACCUUCGGAGGACACGCCAAGAAUCACAACUUACAAUUACCCUCUGCAAGACCUUAUCACAAUACGAGAGCCUCUGUCUAAAAAAAAUGCUCUACUAUGGGCUGUUUUAGUCGCAUUCAUCAUUGAAGCCACAUUGAUCAACGCUCUAGUGUUGCCGUGUUCGGAGCGGCUGUCCAGUUCCCGCCACAUCCACUUCAUGUCCGGCUGUAGUCCGGAACUCCACUGGACAACUUCCAUGCUGUUCCAAGCCGCGUACAGCAUGCUCGUGCUCGUCAUACCGACGCUACUGUUCGCGUAUACCAUUGACAAAAGUCACACUUUGUCGCAAAUUGAUUUGAUGUUUCCCCUGGCUCUCCUGCUCAUUGGCGGGUGCUUGUCGACCAUCGCCCUAAUCUUCCUCGUCAGUUUCAUGAUGCCGUACAGGCACGCUGCCACCGCCCUCGUCGGCUUUUUAUUUGUUUUCUCUUUUAUAUUCCCAUCACUAAUCGCGGUUUGUGACGCUGAUAAAGAGAAAAAACUGUGGGAAUGCAUAAUCUUACGUCCACUCAUACCGCUGCUGCUAUAUACAGUGACGCCAACCACUUUUCUCGAAGCUCUGAAGAAAAUUGUAACAGUUGCUCGAAUAAAUGCGUACUGCAAUCUCAACAAACACCUCUGUCCAAAUCUUGUUGUGAAUCUACCAGGAUUUGAUACGAAAAAAUGUUGUAGUUCGCAUCAGUCUCAUCGUGGUUACCUGGCUUUCGAUGAAUAUUCACCCUUGCUGUAUAUAGCUGCACUUUACAUCCAGUUCUUUGUUAUCAUGGUAGAAAGCGAUGAUCGCCAUAAAUGGGAGAUCUGCCGCCAGGCUAGACGUUAUGCCGCACCACAGACGAUGUUGAGUAGAAGUUUGUAUUCAUGCACCAAUCCACGAAAUCUUAUCUUCACUACAAUUGGCAUGGUGGUGGUACUGACCGAACGUGGUGUACUUAGCAGACUCGAAGACGCCCUGUAUAACUUUAGAUACAAAUCGGUGCUGACCCGACAAGAUGAUGAGACUAUUUUGAAAGAACAGCAGUAUGUUGAUGAGGCUCUUAAACAAUCCCGCGGCGACGCCAUGCUGGUCUCAUCAGUUCACAAGCGCUACCCGGGACUCUGCCAGAAACCUACCACCGCUGUCAAGGGGAUCAGCUUUGCAGUCCGUGAAGGGGAAUGUUUCGGCCUGGUGGGCGUGAACGGCGCCGGCAAAUCCACCACGUUCAAGAUGAUGACGUGCGAGACGUUCCCCACGCGCGGCCGGGUCGUGGCCAACGACCAGCCGCAACGAGUGUUUGAUAACUCCAAGUUCCUUAAGCAACUGGGUUACUGCCCGCAAUUCUUCGGCCUGGACGACUUUAUGACGGGCCGCCAAAACUUGGAGUUCUUGCUCACGCUGGACGGAUUGGACAAAAAGGAUACCAAGUUGGAAGCAGUCCGCUGGCUGGAGUUGAUAGACCUGAUGAAGUAUGCAGACCGGCCAAUGAGCUCGUACAGCGGCGGGUGCGCGCGGCGCCUGAGCAGCGUGGGCGCGCUGGCCCGCCGCGCCGCGCUGUCGCUGCUGGACGAGCCCACGGCCGGAGUGGACGUGGCGGCCAGGCGGCAGCUGUGGCGCGCCGUGCGGGCGGCCCGGGCGCAGCGCACGCGGGCGGGCAGGAAGCGGGCCGUGCUCAUCACGUCUCACAGUAUGGACGAGAUGGAAGCGCUGUGUUCCCGCGUGGGCAUCAUGUCUGCGGGGACCCUGGUCGCACUGGGCUCCCCCGCGGCUCUGCGCGCGGCUCACCACGCGGGGGUCUCACUUUAUAUUAAAAUCAAGGAUACUGCCGGAGCAAGCGGUAACUACCUAAUUUUUCAUGUACCAUGGGAGUGCUACAUUUGUGAGGAAGUGCGAAGGAAUCUUAUAGAUAAUGUUGUACGCGGGAUCUGCGGUGAACUUAGGUGGCUCCAAGAAUUUGCGCAUCAACGGCAUAAGCUUCGGAGCGGCUUCGAGAGAGGCAACGAAAGAAAUUUAAACAAGUCAAACUAUUCCUGCUCUCUGUUAGUAAAAUAUGAUUUGAUACUUUCAGGAACAUCGGAGAAUUCUGAAUUGCUAAAAUUAAAGCAGGCUUGUGAGGAUGACCUGUGGACUCUCAAAGAUGAGCACAAGACUAUGCUGAGCUACCACGUGGACAAAAGCCUAAACAUGUCUUACAGCGAGAUAUUCACGAAAUUGGAGCAAUUGCGGAAAUCUUUCCCUAACCUCAUUGAAGACUAUGCGGUGACCGCGACGACCCUUGAAGAGGUAUUCCUGACAUAUGCCAAGACACAGGCAGGUGGUGUGCAGUCACCAUCAUCUACUAAAUGACAAUCGAAUACCUAAUCGGAAGCCGAAUUAUUAUUACUUUGAUAUUAUGUACUUGUUAAGUAAGUAUAUAUAUGAUUUUUUUAUACAAUAAAAAUUUUACUUAUAAUUCUGAUUUUGA